UGCCGUGCGGGCGGCGGCGCGGCGGGGCGAGGCGUGGCGCGGCGGCGGUGUGGACGCGAGGCACACACGCAAACGCUACUCACAUCCUGAUUUCUGACAGUUUUUCCACCAUUAUCAAUCACCAACCUACCUUCGUGAUGUACUGGAGCGGUCUAAGUGCUGCUGCAAAUGCAGCUGCUGCCUACCAGACGGGCCAGACUGGCUAUCCAGUUGGCCACACACCAACAGGCACCUACACCACGCAGCGUGCUGCAGGAUCCACAUAUGACACAGGCUAUCAGACAGCUGCAGCUGCAGCUGCAACUCAUUCUACUGCAGCAGGCACUUAUCCAAGUGCAGCAGCAUCAGCCACAUAUGACUAUGGGUAUGGCCGUACUACACAGACUGCUGCUGCUGCUGCUGCAGCUGCAUAUGACUCUUCCAAGACCUACUACGCACAACCAUCAUCUGCUACAGCUUACACUGGUGCAGACACUCACUAUCACAUUGUCUUGCCCACAGAUAAGGCUGCCUAUACCAGUGCCAGUGCAUACACAACAACAUCCAGGCAGACCACUCCUGUGGUGACCCCAAAGACCAGCUACACUGGUACCUAUCCUGGUGCUGCUGCUGCUGCUGCCACUGCCACCUACAACACCUCUCCCUAUGCUGUUCAGACCACAACAGCCAACAAAACUGCACUGCCUGUAUACAUGCAGCAGACAUCACAACCACCAGCUGCAGCUGUUGCUGCUGUAAAAACUGCAGGGAACACUUGGCAGACUUUCAAAAAGCCCCAAGUGCCAGGCAAAACUCCAAAACCUAAGGCACCACCAAAGCCUCAGCAACUUCAUUACUGUGAUGUAUGUAAAAUCAGCUGUGCAGGACCACAGACUUACCGAGAACAUCUUGAGGGUCAAAAACAUAAGAAGAAGGAGGCUGCUGCAAAAGCUGGCCCUACUCCAUCUCGACAUGGUGCCUCCCUUCGCUGUGAGCUGUGUGAUGUUACUUGUACUGGUGCAGAUGCAUAUGCUGCUCACAUUCGUGGUGCUAAGCAUCAAAAGGUUGUGAAGUUGCAUCAGAAGCUUGGCAAGCCUAUUCCUUCAACUGAUCCUGUUGUGGUUGGUGGUACCACUAAGACUUCUACCACCACAGCUGGGGCUACUGAAGGGGCCAAAACCACAACUAGUGGGACAACAGCCGCCUUAACUAGUCUGCUCAUGACCACAGAUGUGAAGAAGGAAGACUUGAAGGAUGAUCUGCUUGAUCUGAAAGAAAAGGAUGUUGAACCAGUUGGACAAGUGUAUAUUGAAGAAAUUAAAAAUGAGGAAGGGAAAGUAAUCAGCUUCAAUUGCAAGUUGUGUGAGUGUCGCUUUAACGAUCCUAAUGCAAAGGAAAUGCACAUGAAGGGCCGUAGACAUCGUCUGCAGUACAAGAAGAAGGUUAAUCCAGAACUUGUGGUAGAGGUAAAGCCAUCCCUUCGUCAGCGGAAGCUUCAGGAAGAAAAGCUUCGUCGGCAGCAGCUACGCGAGGAAAUGUGGCGACGACGAGAAGAAGAACGUUUGCUGGAGGAGGAAGAACGGUGGUAUUGGGAGGAGCGAAGGAGAUAUGAAGAAGAAUGCGAGUAUUUGGACUGGUGCCGACGCUAUCCCAGAGGUCCUCCAGGACCCCCUCCCAUGAUGCCACCAGGGAUGCCACGUCCACCUUUCAUGCCUGGAAUGCCUCCUAUGAUGCCCAUGCGGAGACCAGAUUCCAGUGAUGAUCGUCAUGUUCUUGCUAAGCAUGCAGAAAUUUAUCCUAAAGAGGAAGAGCUGGGUGCAAUCCAGAAGAUUGUGUCAAAUACUGAGAAGGCUCUUAAAAUGGUCUCAGACUACCUUGCAGAGGUAGAUGCCCCCCAAAGAGCAGCAAACAAACCUAAGACCAAAAAAGAAGAAGAGAGCAAGGGAGAAGAUGAAAAAGUUUUUUCCAUCAGGGAGAAGAAGGAAGAUGGUCCACCUCGAAUGCUGAAGGGUGUCAUGCGUGUUGGCAUUCUGGCAAAGGGCCUUCUUUUGAGAGGAGACACCAGUGUGCAGCUUGUAGUGCUAUGUGGAGAUAAGCCAACAAGAACACUUUUAGACAGAGUUGCUGAUAACCUUCCAAAACAGCUAGCUGUGGUUGCUCCAGAAGACAAAUAUGACAUCCAGAGAGUGGUGGAAGAGGCAGCACUUGUGGUACAGAACAUUGGGGAACAGAGGAUCUGUGUCAAUGUGACCCUCACUUCCCCCAUCAUGAGAGAACAGCUGCUGCAUGAUGGAGACUCCCAGGUGACCGCCGUCAAGGAUCCUCCAGAUGUGCUCGACAAGCAGAAAUGUCUGGACGCGCUUGCCGCCCUCAGACAUGCCAAGUGGUUCCAGGCUAGAGCAAAUGGACUCCAGAGCUGUGUGAUGGUGAUCAGAAUCCUCCGUGACCUCUGUCAGCGCCUGCCAACCUGGGGCCCCUUGAACAGUUGGGCCAUGGAACUUAUGUGUGAAAAAGUAAUUGCCUCUGCUGGACAACACCUAAGUCCUGGAGAUGCCUUGAGACGGGUGUUUGAGGCCUUAGCUUCAGGGUUGCUAUUACCAGGUUCUCCAGGUCUUCUUGAUCCAUGUGAGAAAGAUCCUAUUGAUGCUGCUUCUCCACUUUCUGCUCAAGAGCGAGAAGAUAUCACAGCAUCUGCACAACAUGCCCUGAGGUUGAUUGCAUUCCGUCAAAUACACAAAGUGCUUGGAAUGGAUCCAAUCCCCCCACCAAAAUUCCAGCGAGGGGGCCGUUUCACUCGCAAGAGGAGACGUGACAACUCUACUGGCGAGGGUAAUGACUCCGAGGGUGAGUUGGACGGUGGUGAUGGGAAAAAGGACAAGAAAGAAGAUGGAGAAGACUCCAAGAUGGACACAGACAAAGAAAGCAAGUAAACCCAUUCUUGGUGCUGGUGUUGUUAAGUGUGAAGGUAUUCUAAGGCACGUUGUCAUAAUUUAGAGUUGAAUUUUGUUGAUGAAAUUCAGUAGAUAUAUGGAAAUAUUUAAUAGUUGUGCUAGGUUAAAUGCUGAUGCAUUAUUGAAAUGACUAAAUUGUGAUGCUUAUUUUUGUAACUUUCUUCUAUUGCAAGUGUGUUAGAGAAUCCAUGCCAAAUUUAAGGUUAAUGGGCAUUAGUCUUGCUCAUGAAAAUUUAUGAUUUAAAUUUUGAAACCAUGCAAAGUUUUUGUUUGUCAUUGUCAUAAACUAUUUCAAAAAGUAUUUUUUUAUCCUGUAAGUAGGUAGAUUUGUGUGACAUUAGGAAAGUACACACACAAAUGUGUGUGUGUGUAAUACACACUGGUAUUGACAUUGCACAUGUGUAUGCACACACACACACACACACACACACACACACACACACACACACACACACAUGCUCAUAAGUAAGUGAGCGUUUAUAAAUAUAAUUUUACUUGUAAAUUGCAUGCAUAUGCUGACAUACAAAGCAAUUAUCAUUAUAGUUAUUCAUUAUACAUUUCUUUUGGAAGCAUUAUGGAAGGCCUAAUAUUAUAUAAUGAAAAAGCAAUGUUACCUCAAUUGCAUGUAGUUACAUUUUACAGGUUUUAAAUAUUUGUGUCCUGAGGUUUUUCCUUCAGUCCUGCCAUUAAUGUUUUCUUUUUAAGUAGGAUAAGUCUGAAGGGGUUUCCAUUUCCCAUCCUGUUCAUGUUACUAAAAACUAGUCCCCUCAAUCACAGUCAUAUUACCUCAGUAUCUUUUCAGAACAACAUGCUAUCAAACAAAAUUAUAUUCUCAGAGGUUGUAUAUUAGGCUGCAAAGAAAUUAUAGUUUUUGAAGUUGUUACUCAUGACUAAAGAGUUGGCAGUAUUACAAAGCAUUACGAAAAUUAUGCAGAAGCAACAUCAUACAUUUGUUGUUGGUUAUUUUAUCUGUAGCUUGUUAGUUAGAAUUUGAAUGGUUAUCAAAUACAGCUUUUAGAUUUUUUUAUAUAGUGGCAAAUCAUCAGCUUAUGGUAGUAAAAUUUUACUUGAGUAAUCAACAAGCGUAAAUAAAAUAGCACUUAAAAUUUUCCCAGCAUAAUUUAUGUCAGUAUAUUCAGGAAAAGGUGGAUAUUUGGUUUCUGUGCGUCAAUUUUAUGAAAUAUCCCUGCGUUGUAGGUUUCUGCAUCUUGUGUCACGUAGACUACAAUAAAAAGAUAUAG